CGUACACACACUUACUACACAUUCCUUAGGAUUCUUAGAACACCCAUUCAAUAGUGGAUUAAUAAUGAAUUUAAUGAAUUAACUACAAUGAGGUUAGUCUACAUAUUGACAGUUUGGGUAUAUUUUUACUCUAAUUUUGCGGAAUCCUUAAUACUUUCUGCUGCAAAUAAAACACCAGAAAUUCAACAAGAAUAUAGACCGGAAGGACCUUUAGUUUUAUGCAAAUUUUUACCAAGAGAAUUUAUUGAUUGUGAGGAACCAAUAGAUCUUAAGGGAAAUAAAACAGCAAAAGAAGAAACUGGUCUUGGCUGUGUAAAGUUUGGUGGUGCACGUUGGGAAGAUGUGGAAAAAACAAAAGUAUCCUGCACCGUUUUGCCAGAUAUUGAAUGUUAUGGCAGCAGACAUUUUUAUCGUGAGGGUGUACCUUGCAUAAAAUACAGUGGACAUUAUUUUACAACAACUUUAUUGUAUAGUAUACUUUUAGGAUUUCUUGGUAUGGAUCGGUUUUGUCUUGGACAAACUGGUACUGCUGUAGGUAAAUUAUUAACAUUAGGUGGUUUAGGAAUAUGGUGGAUUGUCGAUGUUAUUUUAAUAGUAACAAAUUCAUUACUUCCCGAAGAUGGAAGCAAUUGGAAUCCUUACGUAUGAGAAUUAAUAAAUAAUUGUAAAUAAUUUUUUUACAUGUAUAUAAAAAAUCGUAUGAGUGCAAUUAUAUCAUUUAAUUGAAUAUUAAAUAACUAAUAUCAAUUAUUAUAAUUCAAGACUGAUUAUUGAAGCAAUAUUAACAUUGUUAUGAUUCAUUCUUAAUUUCUCGUUGAAGAAUUUUAUGUUGCUUUCUAAAAUUAAAAUUGUAUAUAUUUAAAUAAAUAAACGUAGAAAAGAAAUGGAUAA